UCGCCUCCCUUGAUUAAUAAUUGACACAACGCAAACUGGUUCUACUUUAUUGUUUACACAUGAAUGUGAAUUAGGUGUUGUCAAGUUCCUGUUCAUAUUCAGCAUCUGGUGAUGAUAAAUGACAUCAUGAGGAGAAGAAAUGGACCGUCUGCUAUGUGUGUUGUUCUGUGGUUGUUUAUAGCUUUGUUUGUUCUACAGUUUGUAAACUAUGAUUGGAACAUAUUCAAUUUCCAUUUUUUCAGUGAUGGAGAACCACACAUGGAAUUUAGGGGACCUAUCAAACCAUUUACAGACAAAUAUAACAUAGGACCGCCUCCAGUGGCGAAGAAUUUACCAUAUUCAACACUUAAACCACGCCCAUGGGAAAUGAAAGGCGAUACAAGCAAUGACUACAUCCAUCCACCGAGAGUAACAGAAGUUCAUUUAAGAAUAAUGGUGAUCACGUAUAAUAGAGCGGAGUCUAUGCUUAGACUGUUAAAUUCUUUGAACAAGGUAGAUUACCUGGAGGAUAGAGUUGUCCUUGAAAUUUGGGUUGAUAGGUCAAAGGAUGGCGUUAUAGAUAAAAAGACUUUUGGCACUGCACGAAAUUUUUCUUUUGAAAAAGGUUUUAAAACGGUUCACCAGCAGGAUAAGCAUGUUGGUAUCUAUGGGCAAUGGAUUGACACGUGGCAACCAACAGCAGAUAGUAAAGAAAUUGCUGUUAUCUUUGAAGAUGAUAUAACAGUGUCGCCAUUUUUCUACCGUUAUUUGAAAAAUGUCCACGCUCGUUACGACCAUCGACCAGAAGUGAAUGGUUAUUCAUUGCAAGGUAUCAGCAUAAAACAUGGCGGAGCUGGUGGAAAUCUCCAUGCACCCGAUGAUCAUGUAGUCUUCUUGUAUCCCAUUGUUGGUUCCUGGGGAUUUUCACCGAAGAAAGAGAAUUGGAUAGGAUUUCAACGUUGGUUUGCAGAAGCACGUAAAAAUACAAGCUUUCAGCCUUAUGUUCCUGGAAUUUUGCCAACAGGGUGGUACAAAACUUUUUUAAAACAAGGGAAGACAGAUAGUAUGUGGACUAUGUGGCACAUUUACUAUGCAUAUAGUAAAAAAGAAAGGACACUUUAUCCAAACUUCCCACAUAAUGCUGGUAUGACGAUAAAUUGGAAGGAGAAAGGACUACAUUUUGCAAAGACACUUAAAAAUACAGAUCCUUUAGUGAUGGAGUGGGAUCCUCGAUUAGACAAUCUUCCUGAGGAACCUAUACAUUUAGAUGCAAAUGGGAAGAUUGUAAAAUAUUAAAAAAACAUGCAUAUAAGAGGGUCUAGAUACAUGGGGUUUACAGAAUAGAAAUUAAUGAGGGAAAUAGAUAAUAAAGGGCCAAAUAUAAAGAUUAAGAAAAUCAGGCCAAAAAAAAAUUAUAAAUAGAGAAUAAUGGGAUGCUAAAAAAUAGAAAGAAUAGCGAAUAAGAUGGGGGAAAAGGGGAGGGAAGAAAAAAAUGAUCUUUGAUUGUAAUUUGAAAAUAGAUAUACAUUGUAUUACAUCAUAUCUGAUUUUAGAGAACUAUUAAUCAUAUCUAAUGUUAGAGUGUUAUAGGUUUUCCACACUUUUUUCAUCAUGCUUGAAGAUAUUGAUUGACCAUUGGUAUAUAGUUUUAUCAUGACAAGUUACAGAUCAAGUUCAAAUUUUUGUUUCGGUCUGAUAAUUUUGUGCAGAGUUAUGGUCCUUGGACUUGAAAAAAUUCACUCUUAUAUUCAGUUUUCCACACUGUUUUUAGUCAUGCUUGAAGAUAUUGACUUGAUAUUUUCUUUUUGUUUACACCAUGACAAGUUAUAGAACAAGUUAGCAUUUUGUUCCAGUAUAAUGAAUUUUUACCCGGUAGGGGACUAUGUAUUGCCAUGCAAUACUCUCAGAAUGCUUGUUGUUAUAAAAAAAAUCAUUGUUAUGAUAGUAUGAAAUUUAAAACUCUGCACGGGUCCAUAAUUGGUCAAAUAUAUUCUAUAAAUAUAUGAAAAUUAUUGCAAGAAACUGCAGAUAUUUCUGUUUUUAAUAGUUUAAACUUUCUUUAAAGAUUUUUUUUAAAUUAAACAAGAAAUUAUUUAGGAAAUGUUUUUUUUCAAAUGUGUUUUUUUCUGAAAUAGAUCAAUUUUCAAGUGGUGAAAACAUUUAUUCAACAAAAGUAUAUUAUUGUGCAUGUACAGAUCUGUCAUUCAUAUAGAAAACUUGGACCAUGUAAGAUGGUCUGGAUAGGCAAAAGAUAAAGAAAAGAAAAAAUGUUGUAAAAUAUUAAAGAAUUUAUAGAAAUGACAUCCAGACCCUCAUGUAAGAAUUUAAGGGGAAAGAGCGCUGAUUUUUGUGAUAAGUCAUCUUGAUGAAUUAAACAUUUUCUGUUAUUUUUUUUUAAGUAAAUCACAUUGUUGUUAUUGCAUAAUUGAGUGUGGAUGGGGGGGGGGGGGGGUUACAGAAUAGAGAAUAAUGGGCAAAAAGUAUGAAGAAUAGAGAAAAAUUGCCUGAAAAUGUUUUUUUUAUAAUCAAUGUAUGGUUUGUUUUAUCUGAGUUCUUCAUUGGUCAUGUAAAUAAGAUGACUUCACCUAGAAAGAACACAUGGUUUGUUAUCAUUGAAAAAUAAAAUUUGAAUCGUCUACAUAUCGUGAAAAAAUAAAUUAGACCAUCUAAACUAAUCUCGUGCAAUAUGAUGAGGAUGUAGAUGGGGGGUGUCCUUAAUUUUGGUAUUCUUUAAUUUUUUUGCAAUUUUUUUUUUCUCUCUAUUUUUUUCCCAGUAUUCUCUAUUUUUUAUAUAUUUAAGCCCCCAUUAUUCUCUAUUAGUAAUUUUUUAUCCAUUUUUCUCUGUAUUCUUUAUUUUUUUCUGUAAAACCCAUCCAGACCCUCUUAUGAUAUUUCGCCAUCUCUCGACAACUUUUUUUUAAAUUGAACUGUCUAGAGGGAAGAAAUACCAUAUCACACUUGAAUCUAUGUAUCACAACCUCAACUACAACAAACCUAUACAUCAAUUUAUCAAAUAAUAUUAUGGCUAAUUAAGUUAACGAGGGGGCAUUGAGUGUUACCCUCGUCCGUCCAUACAUCCCAAAAUUGGUUACUGUUCUCUAACUUAAGUUUGCCUCAAACAAAUGUUAGGAAACAUAAUACACAAUGCUUAUUACUACAAAACAUAGAUCAAGUAUGAAUUUGUCACUUUUACUGUUCUCCAGUUACAUGUAUGCCCCUUUAUAACAUUAUAUGCAAGCGGGGCAUCAUCUGUGUCCCAUGGACACAUUUUCCAUUUAUUAUUCUCAUGUAUCUAUAAUGAAAUCCAAAAUUAAUUACUACAGCACUUUUUUGUAACUAUUUUUUGCUGUUUUUGUUGCAUUUUAUGUUUUUUGGGUUUUUUUUUAGUGACAGUGUUUGUUUGUUUAUUGUCAUGUUUUUUGCUUUGUUUUACUUAUUAUGAGAAAUUUCUAAUAAAUGGUCAGUUUCUAGAUUGACUAAUGUUUUUUUCUGAUCAAAUAUGACAUCAAAGUCUCUUUUUUGUUUGCAAUUUUACCUUUUCUUCAGAUAAAUCAGAAUGUAAAUAACAGUAUUUGAUAUUUCCUAUGCUUUGUUUUCACUUAAGUGCCAGUCUUUGUAAGAAUCAGGCAAUUUUGAAAAAAAUCAAAACAUGGUCGAAAAAACCCACCAACCUAACCAUCCUAUUUGAAAGUUAUCCUCCUCCUGAGAUAGAAAUGUUAGGUCUUUCAUUUCUGCGUGUCUGGUAAUUCGAGAAAUCUCUAGAUAACUUUUGGUUAGAAUAAUAGCAAAUUACGGAGUUAGCUCCCCUUAAUUGUAAGUUUCUAGUGCAUUUCAACCAAAUUAUAUCUUGAAUUACUAGAACAGGAAAAGGAAAUGAAUGUUAUAUUUGUGCACCAUUGUACAUUUUGAACAUAAAUCAAUGUCAACUUGAGUGGGUUUUUGUUUGUCAUGUUUUCGCCACUGCCUGAUUCAUUGGCACUUAAAUAUGGAGUUUUUAAUAUUCUAUGCUUUUAAAGAGACAAACAUUGUUUGUUUCAAUGAUUUGUCGAAAUCUUUGCAGUAUUAUUUUAUUCUAAAGUCAUUGAUGUUAGUGAACAGUUACCAUGGUUACUGUAUUUUGGGUAAUGUUGGUGAUUUGCAGAAGAAAAGGGUGAAUUUAAUUCUAUCUAAGUUUAAUUUUUACCUUUUUGAAAGUAUUUUUAUGAUUAUAAAAUUAUUAUGAUGUAAGGCAUUUUUUAUGAUGGGCAAUUUUGGCAAUUUUUGUAUUGUGAAAGUAGUGAAAUAAGUCACUCUCUAAUUAAUCAGGGGCGGAUUCAGGAGGGGGCGUGGUUGGCGUGCACCUCCCACCCCCCUUCCUAAAAUUUGCAAAGCAUGGGUUGUCCUCAGCCUAAUAAAGAAUAUUUCGAUAAUUUUACCUCAAACAAAAUUUUGCCUGGAUCUGCUCGGCGAAAAUUUAAGUUUGCGCCCCCUCCUAACCUAAAAUCCUUGAUCCGCCCCUGUUAAUAAUAAGGGAGUAAUCAUGGACAAAUAGAUAAUUUUUUUCUUCAAAGUAUUCUUGCCAGCAUAUUGUGCCAUUAAAUUGUGGAAUAUAUAUAUGUUAUAACGUGAGGGUGUGGAUGGGGUUUACAAAAUAGAGAAUAAUGGGCAAAAAGUAUAAAGAAUUGAGAAAAUGGUCUAUAAAAUUAAAAAAUACAGAAAUGAAGGACUCCCCAUCCAGACCCUCUUAUAUUGUGGGUCUUUUAAGUUUGCAAGGCUUUACAUUUCUUAUAGAACAAAUUUAUUGCACAGAGAUUUUAAUGGAGACUUAUUCAUUUAAAGUUGUGAGUAGGUGAUGGUUUCAUGUAUGGUAAAUGACAAUGUUUUUACUGCAACUUAAUAUGUGGUUAUUUUGAUAUUGUGGAUCUGAGCAUGUUUUUAUUUGAUUCUUUUUUCCAUUAUUUUGUCAUUUCUUUCUUACUUAUCAUUGUUAAUUGAUGAUUUUAAUUGUGUUUGAUAUAUAUUUAUUUUGUUAUGAAUGAUUAGUAUUAUAUUCUCAGCAAUUUGUGCCGUAAUUGGCUUAUUAAAAUCAAUCAAUCAAAACACUGGAUGUGGUGUUUCGAGCAUAGAUUUUGUACUGUGAGUACUGAGUAAAGUUUUAUGACCGUGGGGCCCUGAAAUUGUUUAUUAUGCAUGUCUAUAUCAUAAGUUACUUUAUCUUAACUCAUUUCUAUUAUUGUUUAUAGCUAUAUGUUGAAUAUUCUGUAGAUUCAUUUAUUUUUUGGGUUACCAAUUUUUAUGAUUAUCAGGAAAAAUUGUUUUUUUCUGGAAAACUUUUGUUCAUGGUUUUCAAAGUUCUGCAUAGAUAUCUAUAGAAUAUUUGUAUUUCAUUGAACAUUUGGAUUCUUGGUUUAGCUAUACCCAUGAAAUCCACAAAAAUGGUAUCCCAUGAAUAAUAAUGGAAUCACAGUAUGCUAACUUUUGAUAUUAUGCUGCAAUCAGGUUACAACAAGUUUUAAAAUACCAUUGAACAUUCAUUAUCUGAUCAUAGUGCAGUUGUAUUUUUGGCAAAAGGAUAGAAAGUCACAUGAUAUAAAGUCAUAGGACAUAAAGUUGCAAAUUGAAUGGACAAAAAGUCUCACAACCAAAAGUCACAAAUAAAUAAUAAAUUAUAAUUUACAAUUAGGUGAAUAUGAAGGGAAAAUAUUCUUGAAAUAAUGUCUUGUCAAAGAAAAAUCAUUGUACAGUGUAGGAAAUUGUUCAUUUGCAUAAUCAAAUAAAUAAUUAUGAAACUUUAAUCAUAUAUGUACAAAGUUUGGAUUACUAGGCCUCAUGAACUUAAAAUUUCUGUCCUAUGGUCAUUUUUAAUUAACCCCUUGUCCCUUAGGAUGGGGUGUACAUCAUAGAAAAUAGUGGGCCAAUAUCACAGAAAAAUGGGGCCAAAUAAAUAUAAAGAAUAGAAAAAUUUGGCAAAAAAGAUAUUACAAAUUGACCAUAAAAAUAAAGAAUAGAUAAUAAUGGUCUGCUAAAAUGUAAAAAAAAUAAAACAAAUAAUAGGCACAAUAAAUUAGAAAUUGCCUACAAAAUUAUAGAAUACAAAAAUGAAAAAUCCCCUAUAAAGACCCUCAGAUAACAUGACAAUUUCAUAAAUAACAUUGUAAUAAGAUACAGACAUAAGCUUUUACUUUGUUUUUAUUGUUCUUCACACAAGACCAGCAACACUGAUUAUUUUAUAUCACCUUUUGAAAUGUACUGAAAAGACGAUAUUUACUGAAACUUUAUUUUUUAUAGUGUUUAUACAAGUUUGUGUCCAUGGCUGUUUAGAGAUUUUGUGGUCUUUUUGAUACAGAUGCUUUUAAUUAAAUGCUUUAUUUAUAAGGUUACACUGUCCCAGGUUAGGAAGGGGGUUGGGGCUUGGAAACAUGAUUAACCCGCCACAUUCUGUAUGUGCAUGUACCAAAUCAGGAGCCUGUAAUUCAGUGGAUGUUGUUUGUUGCCGAAUAUCAUAUUUAUUUUCCGUUAAUUGUUUUGAACAGAAAUCAGGCUAUUAGUUUUCUGGUUUUACAUUUGUCAUUAAGAGGCCUUUUAAUGCUUUCUAUGCUAUGUUGGCCAUGGUUUGGUCAUUGUUGAAGGCCGUAUCUUGACCUAUAGUUGUUAACUUUUGCAUCAUUUUGUCUCUGGUGGAGAGUUGUCUCAUUGGCAUAUUGUGUAUAGCUUUAUCUGUUUUUCAUUUUUUUUUUACAAAAUGUUUGUUCUGUUUUUGUACGCCCAUUUACGGGACGUAUUAUGGUGGUAUACCAUCCGUCUUCAACAUGUCGGACAAUAACUCAAAAAUGCUUUAACCAAUUUUCAUGAAACUUUUGUGAAUUGUUUAUAACUAUUAACGUAAGCUCCCUUUCAACUUUUGAAAUUUUUAGAUUACGUUUCAGAGUUAUGGGAUGAAAAAGUGGAGAUUUUCCAGUUUACGGACAAUAGCUCAAAAAUGCUUAAAAAUUCAUAAAACUUUUGAUGACUUGUUUUAUAUAUAUAAGGGAUGUCAACGAGUACUCGAGUACUCGAGUAUCGCUUGGUAGUACCAAGUAUUGAAUACCAAAAUGAUACUCGACUAAUCGGUUUCCUGUUGGAAUUUUGUUGCCUUCUUAAAGAAAUAAUAUUUUUAUUAAGAGCAACUCCCGGGAAAUUAAAUAUUAGUCAAAAUUAAAAUAUGUUUUGAAUGUUUGCGUUUAAUUGUCAUUUAAAAUUCCUCCGAACAUAGGAAGGCUAUGAACAAUAGCACCUUUCCAAGGCUUACACUUUUAGUUUAUCGUGUCUUAGUCAUUCCAUCACCUCUGUACCGUCAGAACAAAUAUUUUCAUCAGCAGGACUGUUAGUUGUGUAACAAAGCUGAGAAAUGGACUUGUCACAGAAAAAGCUGACAAGAUAAUAUUUCUAAAUAAGAAGAAAUUCAUUGACCCUGUGUCUACCCUCGGGUUAAAGGCAUCAGUAAGUUCUAAUCAUCACCCCUUUGGUGAUCAUUAAAUGUGUUUUUUUACGAUUCCCAAAUACUAUUGUUUGAGUAAUCAUUUUUCUAUAGAUGUUUAUUAAUUAGUUGAUUAGAUCAUUGCCAGUUUACAUAAUUAGUAUAUGUAGUAAAUGAGCUAUUUAUUAUGAUAUAAAAUUCCUGGGACUAUUAUCUAGUCCUUGGUAAUAAUGUUGAGGGUUUUAUGUCCAUAAGACAACGUCCCACAAUACGUAAAAUGGGUAUAAUUUUGUAUUUACAUUUUGUAGAUGUUUUUCCGAGCGAGUACUCGAGUAUCGCUAGCUAAAUCCUACGAGUACUCGAUUAGUAAAUCUUCACCGAGUUGACAUCACUAAUAUAUAUAUAUCUAUCAAAAUAAGCUCCCUCUAGUUUUUUUAUAAAUUUCUGAUAUGACAUUGAGGAGUUGUGAACCUUUAUUUGUUGAAAAAGCGAUGGGCAUAUCAUGCACUGAUGGCGCAGCUCUUUAUUAGAAUAAUCAUCUUUGGGCUAUGAUCAGGCCCCCCUGAAUCUGCCCCUGACUGGUAAUAUUCCAAGGUGUAAACUUGGUGAAUUAAUUUGUGACUAUUUGUUUUAAUGCAGUGCUUAUACAUGUAUUUUUGUUAUUAUAUUUUUCUGUUUUUUUAAAGGAAAAAUGAAAUCAUUCAUCAGAAAACUUACAAAUCAGAACAUGUUUAAUUGUGUAUUUAUUGGUUGUUAAAUCAAAAUAUUUCAUAUUUUCAAACUACGUAAGUUUUAUUGUGGAAAUUGUCCAUUGUUUUCAUCCAUCAGAAAAUCCAACUUGUAAUACAACCUUUAUUAUGUUUAUGUAACCAAAUAUUUGUUUUCUAUUUAUAUAUUUAACAUUUUUUCAUUUUCUUGCAUAAUAAUAUAUACUUGAUAUUUCUUAAUUGAAAAGUCAAAGCUGAACAGAGCUUUAAAUAUGUAUAAGACCCAUUGGUGGCCUUGGGCUGUUUUCUGCUCUUUGGUCGGGUUGUUGUCUCUUUGACACAUUCCCUGUUUCCAUUCUCAAUUUUAUACUUCCAUUAAAAAAUUUCCAACAAUGUUAGAUCUGCAAUGUAGGAUUAGAACUCAUGUACUGUGAGACCAUGACAACUUUGUCUUUACUGGGUCCUGCACCCUGUAACAUAUUUUUAUUACUCAAUCAGAUUAAAAAACAGAUCCUGUGUCCAUGCUUUGUUUCCGAGGAUCUGAGACGGAUCUGUUCUACUUUCUGUCUUACCUAAGAUCUUACAGGAUCCUCUGAUUUUGUUGUGAUAUACACCUUCAACAAUUUGUAGGGAGGAAUUUCAUUGGCUGAUGUAAUAAUUACCAGAACAGAAAGUAGAAUGGAAUGUUGGUAGAUCCUUAUAAGCAAAGCGUUGACACAGAAUCUGAAUUUUAAUCAGAUUGAUUUAUUUUUAAGCUUAGAAUAAAUUUGUAAAGAAACACAGUAUUGAAGGUCAAAUUUUCUAAUCAGUGAGAUUAUAAUCAUAUUUUGUACUUCAGCAUGAUAUGUUCACAUGAGAUUAGAGUUUUCUGCAUAUUAUGAUUAUAUAUUGUUACUUUGUUUUAAACAAAGUUUAAUAAAAGAUAUUUUAUAUCGCA